AUGGAGCGCCAGAGCCCGCCGUUGAACGGCAAUUCUCAGCGUCGCAAACUCAUCAAGCGGCCCCCCUCGCACCAGCCCUACGGCCGCUCCUCCUCCGGCUACGACACGGAGUCGCUCGACGGCAAAAGCUCCAGCUCGCGCAACCUUCGACGAGCCCCCAGCGCUCCGCCUGUGCGGUCGACGGCCUCAAACGCGUCCAGCGGCUCCCCGCGGCCGCACCCCUCGAGCUUCCAGCAGCGAACGAAUGCAUCGCCAGACCUCAGCGCCCGAUUCCGCCUGAGCGACCCCAACCAGAGCCGCGCCAACGAGGAUCUGAUCGGCGCGCCAUUUGACGGCACUUCGAUCCUCAACCACAUCGAGGCCACCAAGUUCACCACAGUCCAGCAGCCGUCGCUCGUCAAGGCUGCGACCGACCCCCGCUUCACCAGACCGUCGCCCACGACAUCGCCAAGCUACGCUGCCAUGGACCAAGCGCUGGAAAAGGCCCCGACCGGGCGCGUUCCUGACGGCCUCAUGAGCCCCAAGCGCUUCUCCGACGAGGCCAAGGAGGGCAGAAAUCCGCGCAAGAAGUCGGGCUUCUCCGGCUUUGUUAACAGCCUGGUCGGCUCUCAAAAGAAGCCUAUAAUAUCUGCGCCCGAGAACCCUGUUCAUGUGACGCAUGUGGGCUACGACAGCACGACCGGCCAGUUUACCGGACUUCCCAAAGAAUGGCAGCGACUCAUUAACGAAAGUGGCAUCUCCGAGAAGGAGAGGAGAGAGAACCCUCAGACCAUGGUUGAUAUCCUGCAAUUCUACAAAGAAACCACCGAGCGGCCACCCGAAGAUCAGUCUCUCGAAAAGUUUCACAAUGCAGCAGCCACAGAUUCUCGCCAGUAUGGCGUCUCUCCGACAUCACCAAACACAUAUCCCAGCAAUUACUUUGGAAGCUUUGAGAAUCCCCGGGCACCACCUCCCGUCCCUGCCGGUAGUAGAACUCAUGGCGCCGGCCCCAUCAAGGAGAUCAUGCCGAGCCGACCGGCGCCGAAGCCUCCAAUCAGCAUGAACAACAGGCCACUCCCACCUGGCGCAUAUGCGGCAAAGGACUCUGGUAUCGGCAUGGCGCAGCCUUUGGACGAUGCCUCCUCCAGCAGUUAUGGCCAUUCUCAAGAAAGCACUCCAAUGCUUCCAGAGGAGCACAGAUCACGAUCCAACUCUCGCACCAACGGCUUGUCACCUUACACUCCGCAGACCCCUUCUCUCAGUCCCGCCACCCAGGCCAAUGUAUACCAGCAACAGUUGAUGCAGCAGCAGCAGGAGCAGGCCAUGGCUCAGGCCCAAGCAGCCAUGACUGGACAGCUUGCCCGGGCCCCCAGCAAGAGACAGCCGUCCCCGCACAUGGCAGCUCCCACGGCCGCUACCGGAUACGCUCGCACUCCGGAAGCCAAUGGCCAUCACGCUGCGCAGCGACAGCAACCCAGCCCCGGCGCACCAGCGGCUGCCGCCAGUGCGCGCCCGAGACAACGAGUCCGCCAGAGCAAUGGCAUGGACGUCGUGGCUUCCCUCAGGCGGAUAUGCAGCGAAGGCGACCCGCGCAACAUUUACAGAGGCUUCACCAAGAUUGGACAGGGUGCUUCUGGUGGAGUGUACACGGGUCAUGAGAGGGGAACUAACCGGUUGGUGGCUAUUAAGCAGAUGAACCUGGAGCAGCAACCGAAGAAGGACCUCAUCAUCAACGAAAUCCUCGUCAUGAAGGACAGCUCUCACCCCAACAUUGUCAACUUUAUUGACAGCUACCUCUGUGACGGCGAGCUUUGGGUCGUCAUGGAGUACAUGGAGGGCGGCAGUCUAACAGACGUUGUGACUUUUAACAUCAUGACGGAGGGACAGAUUGCUUCAGUCUGCAGAGAGACGUUGAGAGGACUACAACACUUGCACUCUAAGGGCGUCAUUCACCGUGAUAUCAAGUCUGACAACAUUCUCUUGUCCAGCGAAGGCAACAUUAAGCUCACUGACUUUGGAUUCUGCGCGACCAUCAACGAGGCCCAGAACAAGCGCACCACUAUGGUUGGUACGCCGUACUGGAUGGCCCCUGAAGUCGUCACGCGCAAGGAGUACGGCCGCAAAGUCGACAUCUGGUCUCUUGGCAUCAUGGCUAUUGAGAUGAUUGAGGGCGAACCGCCGUACCUGACAGAAUCGCCUCUUCGCGCUCUGUGGCUGAUUGCUACCAACGGUACGCCACAGAUCAAGAACGAGGGUGACCUGUCAGCGGUGUUUAGAGAUUUCUUGUAUUUUGCAUUGAAGGUGGACCCCGAGAAGAGAGCCAGCGCCCAUGAUUUACUAAGACAUGAAUUCAUGAAACAAUGUGUCGAUCUAUCACAGUUGUCCCCCCUAGUCCGAGCCGCACGAGAACAGCGAGCACAAGAAAAGGCUCGAAAAGGUGCCUAA